AUGUCGGCGGCUCCAAGCGCCCCCCUUCCCCUAACGACCACAUUUACACCACCCAUUGCGUGCCUUAAAGAUCUAUGGGCCGCCAGCAGUCCUCCUAGUCACAGCUGGUGGAUGCAGUUGGGCCCCCUCAACAUCCCAAAAUGUCUCCCGUCUGGCUGGGCACCGACUACCUAUUUUUCCCCUGGAAUAUGCCCCAGUGGCUAUGUCAUCGCGACAACCUCAAAAAUCGUGGCAGGGACUAAGACAGAGACUGUCGCAACAUGCUGUCCAGUGGACGUCGAUUCAAACACCUACUCCAUUCGACCGAGCAGCGCAACGGAUUCAGCGUUCUGGUGGGCGACUGAGGUGUGUGCCUGGGGACCUGCGGCGGAUACUGUGACACAAUAUACCUAUACGUCGUUCAACACGGACGGGCAGGAGACGAGUAUGCCUGGUACUAUGGUCAGCCCAGGCUCGUUCAAUGCUUAUGGUGUGGAGGUCCGAUGGCAGUCAACUGAUUUCACCACCCCACCGGCCACUGUGGCCGUGACCACCACACAUGCGCCAGCCGGUACAACCUCACAAACUGCCCCAGCCGAGACACAAAGCUCCAGAGGAAGCUCGUCCAGCCUCAGCACGGGCGCGAAAGUGGGCAUCGGCGUGGGGGUCACUGCCGGGGUGGUUUUAGCAGCGGCCCUUGCGCUGGGCCUACUAUGGUCCCGGCGCCGAAGACACAAACAGCCCAAUGCGACGCAAGGUCAACCUGGGAAUCCCGAUUACAAUGGACUGCCUGAAUUGGAUGGCACAAGGCAUGAACCACUCACUUAUGAAAAGGCAGAGUUACCAGCCGACCCUGCACAAAAUCAGAUAGAAUUAUUUGAGCUGGACGGGCAACAUUCCAGAUGA